AUGGCGGACAAGGUGGAGGAAGCAAAAGAGACGAAAAAAAUGUGGGAAGGUAAAGAAGACACUGGGAGAGGGGACAAAGGGGGCAAAAGGGGAAGGCCGACCAACGUGGAGGCGCUGAAAAAAGAAAAGAGCCAGAGUAUGGGAAACAUGACAAGUAUAGAACAAAUAUGGAAAAGGAAAAGCGAAACGGAGGCCGAAGAAGAAGGAGAGAGCGGAAGUAGGGGAAGAUACAGCCCGCAGGCAGAGAGAUGGAUGUUCAGAGGAAGCAGUCUAGUGGAGAGGUCGCCGGAAAAGAGAAAAGAGAGAAUGGAAGACGGGGAAGGGCUGGGGGAAAUAAAGAGGAUGAUUAGAGAAUUGGGAGAAGAUUUGAGUAAGAAAAUAGACAUAAGUGCAAAGAACCAGGGGAAGGAGAUAAGGGAGGAGAUAGCGGGAGGAGUAAGAGAGAAAAGAAAGACGAAGAAUGAAGACGAGGUAAUAAAAGAAAACCUGAGAGAAUUAGAGAGCAAGUGGGAGCGAAAGGAAAAGGAAGAAAAGAGGAGAAAUAUAAUAAUCAAAGGACUGAAGGCGAAAAGAGAAGAGAUGAGGGAGAAGACAGAAGAGAUAAUGGAAACAAUUGGACUGAGGGAUGCGAUAGAGGAGGUGAAAGUAGUAGGGGUGGCGGAAGGGGGAAAAGAAGUGAACAUGGUGCAAGUAAAACUUAAGUCCAUGGAAAUAAAGAGAGACGUGAUGACGAAGAAGAAAGCGCUGAGGGGAAAGAGAGGCGGAUGCAAUGGAAGAUAA